AUGGCACCCAAACGCAAGUCUGCGACGCCCACACCAGCGUCGGCACUGGAACAAUUACAGCAGUCGCAAUCCUUGAAGCUUUUGGCUAUUGCAGAAACAUUGUCACCAAAAGACGUUCCACAGGCUGCGAAGAAGCGCAACUCGGCAGCAUCCGAGGACAGCGAGCAGAAUGGAGAUACUCACCCCGCAGCUCUUGAAGCCGAUCUGCUACAUUACAAGGAACUGUUCAGCAAGCUCCGCUUUAGCUACGUCGAACAAGUCACAAAAGAAAAGUUCCUGCGAAGCAUCACGGAAAACCCACCCCGCCUAGUCGAUGCGUCGGAGAACGACGAGAAGGAGAAGGAGAUAUUGGGGUUGAAGGCAGACCUCAAGGAACGCAAAUUGGAGGUGGCCGAAAUACUGAAGCAGCUGGAAGACAAGGGAAAAGAGCUCGCGAAACGCUACGAGGGUCUACAACUACGCACCCAACAACUUGAGUCGCUUCCGACCGAGAUCGCGGGCCUAGAAGCGAGCAUAGAGCAGCUCAAGAAAGAGCAAACGCCCGUGUCCAAGAAAGCCGAGCUUGCACUUCCGCUUCCUGAAACCCAGCGAGUGCUCAGCGAGCGGGAGGCCGAGCUUGCAGCCCUGAAUGCGCAAAUAGCAAGUCUCCAAGCGGCCGUGCCAAAUCGCAGCAGAGACUUGGAGAAGCUGGAGCGCGAAUUGAGGCCACUGGAGACGCAAAAACAAGCGACAGUGGCAGCAGCUAAAGAGGCGCAGAGGAGAAAGGAGGAGGGUGGUGGUAUCGGCGAUGAAUUGGAGGAAAGAGGCAGGUGGCUGAGAGCAUCCGAGAAGGCGCUAAGGGACAUGCUGGACGUAGAGGGGUGA